AUAUAUUCUAGAAAAAUGAAGAUACUUAUCUAUACAAUUAUUCUUGUUGGUUAUCAACUAUCUGGCUGCAUGUCUGUGAUGAACAAUUCAACAAAAGCCAAUGAUGAUAUAUGCGACAAGUCAGAUUUCGUGAGAAAAUAUGUCCGUAAUAAUCUGAUACCAAGUAUACUCUUGCUAAACGCUACUAAAACAAUUUGUAAUUUGACGGGAUGUGGAAAUAGCGCUUAUCCCUUCAUUGCUUUGGGUCUUCCAAACACAAGUGUCGUCUCAACAGGAGCUUACUUCAUGGACGAGUCAGAGAAUUGUUGGGGAUAUAUCUUCGAACUUUCCUUGAAUGGAACAGUUGUACUUCAAAAAUAUGUUAAUUUUUUACAGAGAGAUGGUUCACAUUAUACUGUUAUUGUGCCAUACAAUCUUUCAACACGAUUUGAAGCAACUUUGACAUCACUUCCAAACGUAGCCAUCAGGAAAGUAUAUCUUACAGGAGCAAAAACUGUGUGCGGAUUGAAGGUAGCAAAGAAGGCUUCUAUACUUUAUUGGCGCACAAAUGCACGUUGUCAGGCGUAUAGUGAAAAUCUGGUGCAGGUCAUCGCAGAGCAGUUUUGUCAACAUUACAAUGAAGAUGAUGACUAUGCAUUCAACCGUACAAUCAGUGUCAAACGUUGUACUCUUGUUUUCAAAGAUAUGGAGAAAUAUUCAUCUAAAGAUAAAUAUUCCACUCUAAAAAUAAUUGCACCCAUAACACUUUCUGUGAGUGUUAUAUUCCUCGUGGCUAUGUUGAUUAUAUGGAAAGUAAACAGAACAAAAUCAAAGUCAAAAAAACUUAAAAGCCAGCAAAGACAAGAAAAAAGACUGCACUUAAAACCAGGACAAAAGACUAAAAUUAUGGUUAUUCAUCGUCCUGGAUGCGAUUUAUUGGAUGCAUUUGUCAGAGAUUUUGCCUAUGUUUUGAAAUCGUUUGAUAUUGAUGCAACCUGCGCAUUGCUUGAGCAAUCCAGUAUUGAUGCCCAAGGUGGAAUUGCGUCUUAUACACAAAAAUAUAUUGAUUCCAGUGACUAUAUAUUCAUAUUGUUGACUGAGGGUUCAAAAGGUGCUUCACUGCAUAAACAAAAACCUUUUGAGUACUCCCUACGUAUGCUUGGUGGUUUAGCCUUCAGUACUGAUCACGCCUCAAGAUACAUCCCUCUCUACCUCAACUCCUACAAGAAGACACUUCAUCUGUUACCACCCUUCCUUUUUGCAUCGGCUAAUUGUGGCUACGAAAUACCAGCCGAGCUAGAAGGUUUAAUUGCGCAUAUCCUUCAAAAGAAAAUUGUAGCUGAUGCAGAAACGGAACUGAAACUGAAGUUUUUCAGUAAAAAGAUGAAAAGUCAAGCGAAGAAAAUAUUGAAACCAGUACAUGCGGAAUGUUUUGCUGCCAAGUGUGCACUGGGCGUUAUUGAUGACGAUAAAAGUGAAUUAUGGGCGUCUGAAACACGAUCAAACAGCACUUUUCUUGGUGACAAUGUCUUUGGUAAAUCCUACGCACAAAGUUGUAACAGUAUUCAACUCCACGACACGUCAAAUAACUCAACUUUCCAAAGUUUUAACAAUGUUAUAGGUAGUUCACUGUCUGUGACACAGAUCAUUAAUAAAAACAUUAACAUCCAAUGUUGGAGAAAUCAUUGUUAUAUGCACCAAGAAUGUGUAGAGAAGGAUGAAAAACAGUUAAACGAAGAAGAAACGUGCGAGUGUAAAGUUUAAAAAAAAUAAUAUGAAAAUUAUUAUUAUUCUGUUCAGCUUGGUUACUUCGUCAUUGGAGGUAACUCCAACCUAGAUCAUGAGAGACCUUUUUUUGUAAUGGCAAAAAUAUUGUCUAUUAUGGUCCUGUUAAAUAUUCAUGCAGACAACUUGUGUAUUCGUUUGAAUUGUUAAGUUUUUUAUUGCUAUAUUGUAUUUUCUAAUGCAUCAUGGUAUACCACAUGGUGUACGAUAAUAUAAUUUAGAAAA